UGCACUUCAUCCAAUACGGUAGAAGGUUUAGUUCAAAAGCGAUGCCUGACGCAGAUCUUCGCACUUAACAUACACUCGGAGUGAAUACUGGCGAGAGGAUUCCUAUAGAUAUGAGAAUUUAUGUCGCAAUGAAGCAUUUCUUGAAAAAAAGAACUCAAAACUGAUCGGAGAAUAUUGUUGUAGCAAAAUGGCCGCCCUAACCAACGUGUUCAACGACAAGGAGACCAGUAACUGGUUUAAGGCGUGCUUAGCGCUCAAUCUGACAAAGCAAGGACUGGUUAAAUUUUUGGAAACAGAAUUACAAAAUAUACAUGCCGUUGUCGGCAGAAGUUGUGGACAUUGUCACAUCGAAAAACUCAUAUCAUGUCCAACAAUCCCAUAUUGCAAAAAAAUUAAAAAGAAUGAUUGCCUUUUUCACAAAUCACAUAAACCUCAGCACUGCCAAACAUGUGAUACAGUGAAACAAAAUAUCGCAUCAAUGCACAGAUUUGGCGCGCCGUCCUGGCGGAACACUCGUGCAGAAUACUGGACAACAGACUACUGGGAAAUAGGCAAAUGUUUCCUUCCUCCCGACGGCUAUAGCAGUGUAUCUUCUGUUAAGGAAUCCGACUUUAAUGGUUUGAUAAACAUAAUGCUGAAUUGCAAACAUUUCGAGAAGUGUUUCUCCCCCGCAUGUCUGUCACCUCCACCUCCAGAUCCGAAAUGUUUGUUAGAAAAGAUCCGUAAGAUAGGCCGAGAUGUACGUCAUACAGCCGAAUACAAGUUAACCGAUGCUGAUCUGCAGAACAAUUUCCAAACAUUAUCCACGCUACUGACUGACCCAGUAUGCCUGUGGCAAGAUCCAUCUGCGAUGAUAGCGCUAAAGAAUCUUUUUGAUUUGCAGAAUGAUUGUACGUCCCAAAGCGAACUGGGUAAGCUGUUGAAGGAAACCAUCCAAACACAUGAACAGGCGAAAGAGGACUGCAAACUAUUGUUUACAAGGGUGGAAAAUACUCUGACAGAAGGCCUACACAAAUUAGAAGUCGAUAUACACGCUGGAGAACAACGAAUUAAAAGCAUAAUACACGAUGAAAAACAACGCAUUGAAAGCAUGACACAUGAUGGAAACCAUCGCAUUGAACGCAAGAGAGAGGAAGUAGAACAACGCUUUGAACAAAUGACAAAUGAGGGAGAAAAACGCAUUAGAAUAAGUACAAAUGAUGGAGAACAACGCCUUGAAAGUAAGGCAGAGGAAGUAGAACAACGCAUUGAACUAACGACAAAAGAGGGAGAACAACGCAUUAGAUUAAGUACAAACGGUGGAGAACAACGCCUUGAUAGCAAGACAGAGAAAGUAGAACAACGCCUUGAAGGAAUUACACAAGAUGGAGAACAACGCCUUGGAAUAAGUACACAUGAAGGAGAACAACGCAUUGAAACCAAGGCAAAUGAAGUAAAACAACGCCUUGAACGUAUGACACAAUAUGGAGAACAACGCAUAACAAGCAGGACAAAUGAUGGAGAACAACGCAUUGAAAACAAAGCAGAGGAAGUAGAAGAACGCCUUGAACAUAGGACACAAGAUGGAGAACAUUUCCUUGAAACCAAGGCAGAGGAAGCAGAACAACGCCUUGAACAUAGGACACAAGAUGGAGAACAACGCAUUACAAGCAGGACACAUGAUGGAGAACAACGCAUUAAACGCAAUACCCAGGAAGGGGAAAAACGCAUUGACAACAAGACAUCGGUUGGAGAACGUCGCAUUGACAACAAGGUUUAUCAUGGGGAACAACGCCUUGAUAAACAAAUACGUGAUGUGGAACAACGCCUCGAACAGUCAAAACAUAAAAAUGCACCUGAGGAUUACGAUCGAGGCGUAGCAGAACUUAUCCAAUGUAUCAAGAACUAUAACACCAGCAAAUUAAGUCACGUAACCAUAUCUGUACUAAAUGACGCCGUCGAUGAACUAUUACCAAUCUUUAUAUGCCGCCAAAAAUUAGCCUUGUGCGUAGAGAAAAAGGGAUGUAUACGAAAACAGGGAUUACAAAGUACAAGGAUAUGUUUUCAACAGAUGACCAAGUUAACACAAGAAUAUUCCUUCAAGGCGAUGCGGGUUCUGGUAAAACCACAUUCGCGACAAAGUUGGCCUUGGACUGGUGCUUAAACAAAUCAUGUGAACUUAGUCCUCCAAAGUCAAACUCUCAGUCCGAUGACACAGCUCGUAUGUUUGAUGAUUUAAAUGUUCUGCGAGACUUUAUGUUUGUAUUUCAUAUCAGAUUGAGAAAUUCGACUCAGUUGACUGACGUAACAGAAAUGAUAAAAGAACAAAUAAUAAACAAUAUACACCCAAAAGAAGAUCAUAAAAAUGCGUAUGCGCUUCUAAAUGAGAUCAUGAAACGUGAACGUUGCUUGGUACUAUUGGAUGGUCUAGAUGAGUGGACCGGUUCUGCAGGUCAUCACAACCUACCGACACUGGUUGAAAACCACAGCCGCUGUAUACUGUUGAUUACAACUCGACCUUGGAAAUUGGCUAAAGGAAAUGUUAAGAAUUCUGAUAUUGGCCAAUUAUUUCAGCUAGAAGGAAUACACGAUUAUUUCAAGCUGAGCAAAACUAUUCUGAGUUUUAUGGUAGAUAAAGAGGAAUUGGACGAAAUACAAAACGCAUUUGAGAAUUACAUACGGGCACUGAAGUUCGGCGCAUUAAUGUCAUCCCCAAUGAUGUUUUCUGUCAUCGUAUGUUCAUAUGUAGAAAGCAAAAAACUGAAAGGCUCCAUGUGUGAAAUAUACAGCCUCGUGCUCGAUAGUCUUCUGAAGAAGACGAGCAGUAAAAGGGAAUACUUUCAAAAACCUCAAUUUACAUGUUUUACAGAGACACAAUAUAUACAACCAAAUAUUCACAACGUAACCGACAUUGCUGAAGCCGCGUUUUGUUUGUUGUUUUCAGAUACACAGGAACGUUCGAUUGCAUUUGGUGCUAAAGAAAUAUACGCUUUAUUAGACGAUCCACAAACCGAAUUUGCUUUGAAAGCCGGCAUUUUAACAGAAACAAAGACAUUGUCUGUACUGAGAUCAUCAUCAACGUUUUCCUUUAUAAACAAAAACGUCCAGGAAUUCCUUGCUGCUUACCAUAUCGCCUGCAAUGAACACGUCAUUUAUGACGUCAUUUCUGAAAACCUCAAACGGCAACCAUAUCUUGAUAUCAACCUAGUUUUAUUAUUCCUGUGUGGAAUGAAAAUAUCGGCAGCGAAUGCACUCUCUCAAUUGAUGGAUGACUGUGCCGUGGCGGCUUAUUAUGCCAGAUCCAAAUGCAACUAUUAUUAUCAAGAAUAUGUCUGCGAUGGUUAUAUUGAGGGUGUUGCAAAUAUGCAGACUGAUAUUAACUUGCGACUAAGUCACUUUCGUUUCGGCAUUUCGACAAUGAACGCAGUUUUACAGAAUAUCUGGAAUAUGAACGCGCCAAAUGCCCUGACAUUAUAUGUUAAUACAGAUACAAAGAGAUCACCUGCGAGUGGAGGGUCUGAAUCUAGUAUUUUGAUUGACAUUUCAUCGUGCCACAAGUUGGAGAGAUUGUAUCUUUGUGGAAAAUAUAUAGGAUUCAAAGAUACUGGCAGUUCGGUCGAGGCGGAUAUUCUUAUCUGGAUUACUCUUAAAAGAUUAGACCCAGCACAGUAUGAAUACUCAACCACAUUACUUCCUUGUGUACAAUACAUUAGAUUCAUGAAUUUAAUAUGCUCUUCUACCUGGCUACGCAGUCUGUUCAGCGCGCUGCUGACACUCGAUCAUGAGGUCGAGUGUGAUUUUGUGAACUCUUACAUAACAUCAUGCGUAGAAAACGCAGCCAACUUAUCAUAUUCACGUUCAGAUAUGCUUUCAAUGAAACGCUCAUUCCUCCUCGCAUCUAUGACUUUUUUAAACAAUACAUUACACAUAGACUGGAUGGGGUAUGACAGUCCCGGUCUGUGUGAGGCUCUCCGUGGUCUAAAUAUCAGUAGUCUGCGUCUGCAUUAUAUGGUUACCUUUCUAGGUUGGUACCCAAAGUCAUUGUCACUGUCAUCACUAACACAACUAGAAACGCUAAUCAUUGAAGUGUACGAUUUCGAUUUCAAUUUCUUAGAGGCUCUCCAUGGUCUAUGCAUCAAGAAUCUGAGUCUGUAUAGUCAGGGUAAAAAAUUUAUAAACUCAGAGUCGUGGUUGGCGUCAAUACAGUCACUCAGUCAGCUGGAUACGCUUUCUAUUGACGUGCAAGCUAUCAAUCCAAGUUUGUGGAAGGCUAUUUACAGUUUGAAUAUCAGACGUUUAAUUUUGUGUGGGAGGGGUCUGUUGAGCGGUCUGGUAGUAAAUAAUGGACCGAGUUUGGUCCAGGCUAUCACAUCUAAACAAAUGGAAACAUUUUAUGUAGACGUGAAUGCCGAUCAUAACCUCUUAAAGGCGCUCUAUGGACUUGGUAUCAAAAGUCUCAGCCUGUGUGACCCUGGAGACCGUAUGAAAGUGAAACCGUUUCCGGAGUUGUUCAAGUCGCUUUCGUUGUUUAAGACGCUUAAGUCGCUCAAACAGCUUGAAAAGCUUAGUGUUAUCGUAAAGAGUGACAGUAUUGGUAUUUGGGUGUCUCUCCGUGGUCUAAACAUCAAGAGUCUUAGUCUGUGUGGUUGGUGUGGAGAUUUGACAGUAAAAUAUGUAUCGUUUUUAACACAGUCACUAUCGUCACUCACAAAGCUGGAAACGCUUAGUAUUAAAGCGUCUGAACACAAUCCCGGUCUUUGGAAGGCUCUCCAUGGUCUGAAUAUUAAGUGUCUUGGUCUUGAUGGUUGGAGAGGAGGUUUUGAAGUAGAACAUGUAGAUUCAAUAUCGCAGUCACUUUCAGCGCUUACAAAGCUGGAAACGCUAAGUAUUAAAGUGGAUAUUGAUAGCCCAAGUCUGUGGAAGGCAUUCCAUGGGCUGAAAAUUAAAGGUCUGAGUCUGGAAGGUUCAAAGGAAGGAUUGCGAGUGACACACCUAGAGCAAAUGUCGCAGUCGUUGUCAUCUCUCACGCAGCUAGAAAUGAUAAGUAUUGGCCUUUCUAGUGACAGUCACGGUCUGUGGAAAGCUUAUCGAGGUCUCAAUAUCAAGAAACUGAGUUGGUGGACGAUGCAUUGGAAAGUUAAAGAUGGAUUGUUGAUGGCAGAGUCGCUAACACAACUUGAAAAGCUUUUUAUUUGCGUUGAUAAAGAUAGUCCUGGUCUUUGGGAGAAUAUCAGUGGUCUAAAUAUCAAGGGUCUAACUUUGAGAAGUCAUUCUGAAGGCUUGUUCGUUAAGCAUGUAUCGCUGUUGUCACAGUCAAUAUCGUCGUUCAAAUACUUGGACUCGCUUACAGUACAUCUGCGCACAUAUAUCGACAUCAAGAUACUUCAGACAUUGAAGUGUUUAAAUUUCUACUGCGAUGCUUUGCUACCAUCGGAAUUACGCGAACUGCUUUACAAACUGUCGGCAAGUACUCAUACGUUUGAAGGUAACCUGGCAUUUAAUUGUGCUUCUUUCGAUGGUUUGUCUUUCAAACGAAUUCCACAGGAGGACUACAUCGCUUUUAAUCAUGAAAUGGGAAGCCUGAAGCAAGUUGCAGUCAAACGAUUUCGAAUAUAUGACCGAACGAAUCACUUCAUUAAGUGGAUUGAUUCUGAAGAUUCUGCCUGGUCUGAACGUGCAAAUAAAGUUGUUGUUGGUGAUGAUCAUGAUGAUGCUAGCGUUGAUGAUGAUGGAUAUACCUUUUACAUUAAAAGUAUAUCUCCAGAAAUCAUUAAUCGAAUUUCAAUGCGAUUUCAGAUUAUUCCAGUCAUGGUCAUAUGAAAGUAACAUAAAAAGUUUGGUCAAUGCCUUUAAUAGUUUAAGAUAAUUCCAGUCAGUGAAAUUAUACAUAACUAUGCAAAUAGUACGAAUAAAUACAUCACCAAUGCCUUUGUCAGUUUAAGAUAAUUUGUGAAUAAACGGAAUACCUUUUUGCAGGAUUAGAAAUUGAAGCUGAAGAUUUAGAGAAUCGUCUUUGUCAAUCAUCAAUCUAAAAUGAUCUGUUUAGCAAUGUUAAAAUAAAAUUAGGAAAUCGCCUUAUACCAAAUAUAUAAACUGCCGGUGUAACUUAUUGUCCAUUUUAAAUACUGGUAUGUUUCAAAAUCUUUACAUCCUGACAAUGCAGAUAGAGUAUAUUAGUCAAAAAACGUUAAGCAAUACUUGUUUUGUUUAUGUCUUUGCUUUGAUCAAAUUCGAACUUGGAAACGUUGAUAUUGUUAUUAAAACAAAUAGUUUUAGACAAAAUCUUUAAGAUAUAAAACGCAAAGAGAGUCACUGAAACACGCAUGAUGCAGUCGGUUCUCAGCACUUUAUAUAUAAAUAUGUAUAUAUAUAUAUUAUUUACCGAAUUAUAUUAAAGUGUUGAAAUGUCAAACACUCAUUUGAAUUGCAUAAUCAAAAUUGCGCGUUUCAAUUAAUUAUUUCGAAAAUUCAAGACGUAGUAGUGUUAAGUGAGAAUUAUAUUGUGUUUGUGUUGCACUGACAUAGUUUUAAAACUGGUAAUAUUAUGUGAUUGUCAUUUAUUUUAAUUAUAAACAUAUACCGAAUGCUCAUGAUGAUAGAUCAAGCCUUUCUAAUUUGAAUAGGUGAAUGUAAGAUGUAAAUAAAAAGUCAAGCGGGCAAUAUGCCUCCUAUGUUAUUAAAUUGUUAAAGGCAUACAAUAGCAAUUUAGACACCUGUAUAAAUGCAGUAUUUAUAUUUGAUUACAAAACAUAUUACACGACCAAAUGUUUAUAUUCAUAUGUUCACUUAUAAUUGUUCUUAUGUGUAUUUAAAUAAUUUAAAUAAUAUGUUUUGUGUAUGUUUGUUAUCGGAAUAAUUAGAAAUUCGCUCGCACAAGUUUUCAUAGAAGGAGAGAAGCAUAAUAAGAAAAAAAACAACAUGACGUCAAAGUCGUUCAUGUUUGUUGCUACUAGAGAGCAAUAAAUAUGCCUUCAUAAAAGACCUUAACUGUCAACAAUGUUUGUGUUAUGUGUAAAUUUUAUUAUAAAUUUGUUCAUGGGAUACAUGCCUUUAGUUUAAUGACCGAGAAUAGUAAUUGUCAUUUCAAUCGUUAAGUUUGAAAAUACCGUGACAUAUUAACGUAACAAAAUAAAAUGUAACUAAGUACUAUGUGACACUAUUUAUAUUUUGCUGCUACAUGAAAGAAUAGUACAGGUCAGUUGAUUAGACUUGUGGUAAAAGUCAUUAAAGUGGCUUUUAUGUAACUAUUAUAGGCCACACUUAUAUAUUCAUAUGCACAUUUUAAUAAAUCGCAUAAAAUUACAUUUUUUGGUGUUGAGUGUAAUAAGCGCGUGGCUAGAGAAACGUUCAAGACAACGUUCAAAAUAAUGGGAACUCCGUUUAAUUUCGAAUGGAAUGUAGCCGAUAUGCAAGAUAUUCCGAUCAAAUUGAUAUCUUCGCGGUUGACGAAAACAAAAAACAUGGUCGAUGAAGUGCAACUGCGGCUAAUGGUGCAUGGCUUCUCAACAAAAAUUCUGGCGUCCACAAUUUAUAGGUUUCUGUUCAGGUGGCCGUAGAACAAAUACAUUUGUUAAUUAAAUGUAUUCAAAAUAGAUAACAACAUUAUUUUCGGUUUAUCAACAUUGUAAGCAAUAUGGUUUUGGUGUCAAUGAUGCUUCCUAUCGCAGAUGAUUGAAAGCUGUUUCGAAUAUUAUGAAAAAUAAACAGGUGUAUGAAAGCGAUUUUAGAAAUCAUGUGGUGCUUUCAAAAUCAAGUUCGAUCAGAAGUUUCGAACAAUUAUUUCUUUCGCGUUAAAGGCAUAACUGCAAGCGAACACGAACAUGAUUUUCACCAAACCAAACAAAAGUGCUCGCUACAAUGCAUAUCGGGAUGUACGAAUUGUUAGGUCAUCAGUGAUGAUGUCGUUACAAGCGUAUGUAGACAUUUCGACCAGAUGAACACAACGUUGGCCGUCAAAGAAACACCGUCAACAGAUUUGGUUUGGAUUCGCAAUGAAUCAACGAGAGGUAAAAUUGAUUGUUUUUCUCUUUUAUUUUUAAUAAGACGGAAUUGUUUUUUAUAUAUUUUUUCCUCAGUAAUUUUCUUUUUCAAUUAACUUUGCUUCUAGCUAUGGCGGAAACGUAUUUCACUUGAAGCAUUACAUUUUAUAAUUUUAUUUGAAGGUCAGAAAUCUUCUUUUGUAUCGGUGCAUAGCAAAAUCAUUGUAUACAAUGUUUACCAAUAAAGGGCGCAGUGACACUUUAAUGUAAUUGUGUCAUCGGUCGGUAAAAAUAAAAUAAAUAACACGUUUUGUAUGAAAUUAAAAAACAACAACAAAGAUUAUUGAUUUAUAAUUACAAUGAUAGUCUUCCCAGUUCGACGUGCCCGUGACGACGGGAUCUCGUUUGAACAUGCGCCAACGGUUUGCUCGAACCUGGGUGGUCACUUGGCGAACACCAGCGACCUACAGGCGGCACACAGACUAGGUCUUAAUUUUUGCAGAUGUGGCAUACUACGUAACAACUCUUCCCGCUACAGCGCCCUUUACAACGGUACGAACUGCUCAGACUAUGCCACUGGCGGGCUUCCGCCGCCGACUAUCGUCACGUGCAAGUUGCCGACGUCUAACGCGUAUCUGUCGCCGGCACCGCUUGCGUACUGCGUUUUUCGAAGGGACGUGCAAAUUGUGUUUUUUUAAGAGACUUGCGUAUUGCGUUUUGAAAAGAUACUUGCGUACUGCGUUAUGUAAAAGAACCAUCUUGUCAAAUUAUGUAAACAUAUUUUUUAAAGGGGCAAUCUUUGUCUAAAUAAGUGAACGUAAAUUCAAAAGAGGCAA